CUUUGGCAGCGAUAUGUAUCACUUGUACCUAUGCAUCAGCCGCUCAGUGUGAGCCGCGACGUCGGGCACGCUUCAGCACGCUUUUCACAACGCGUGGCAGUUACUCUCUUGUAUUACGACUAAGAGCACCCACCAUUAGCGUCAGCACGCUUUGAAGCUGCAAUGUCGGGCUGGCCUCCCGACGCCCUCCACCCGCCCUUACCAGGGCCCAGUGGUAGCGCCCACGCCGAUGAGGCAAACACCAUCCAACUCUCGCCCGUUGCUGUGGCGCUCGCUGGUGCCGUGCUGCUAAUUAAUGGCGCCAUUUCAUUGCGCUUCAAGCUGGGCCUGCACAGCCAGCUACUGAUUGCGUCCGUCAGGAUGGUUGUGCAGCUGUCCAUCCUGGGCUACAUGCUGGUGCCCAUAUUCAACUACGACAGGUGGUGGCUGGUGCUGCUGUACGGGUGCUUCAUGCUCAUGAUCGCCUCGCUGGAGGCGGUGCAGCGGCCCGGAUACAGCUUCAAGGGCAUGCUGGGCCACACGGUGCUGGCCAUGGCCUCCAGCUCGGGCUGCCUGCUGGGCUACCUGGUGCUGGUGGUGCUGGCGGUGCGGCCGGUGUGGGAGGCGCAGUACGUCAUACCGCUGCUGGGCAUGCUGCUGGGCAACGCCACCAGCUCCAUCAGUGUGGGCCUGGCCACAUUGCUGGAGGACCUGUCAGCCAACCGGGCGGUGAUAGAGCACCUGCUGGCGCUGGGCGCCAACCGCUACGAGGCGACUGACGCGGCCGUGAAGAAGGCGCUCAAGGUGUCCAUGACGCCGCUGCUCAACCAGAUGAGUGUCAUGGGCGUGGUGUCCAUCCCCGGCAUGAUGACCGGGCAGAUCCUGGCGGGCGGCGACCCGGCGCAGGCGGCUCGCUACCAGAUGGUCAUCAUGUUCGUCAUCGGCGGCGCCACGUGCCUAGCUUCCGUCACCUCCGUGUACCUCGCCGUACUGCACGUGGUGGACGCCACGCACACGUUCCGAGCCGAGCGCCUGAUCAGGAAACAGAAGCCGGCGGCGGCGGCAGGGGGCGGCGGCGGCGGCGGCGCGCUGGCGGCGCUCGGCGGCAUGGCGGCGGAGGCGGCGGCCGCGGCGCGAGCGGGCUGGGCCACGGCGCAGCGCAAGGGCGCGGCCCUGGGCAGCUGCCUGGCAGCUGCGUGCUGCUGUUGCUUGUGCCCGCCAGCGUCUGCUUCGGCGGCGCCGGCGCGAUGGCGGCGGGCGCCGGCGCAGGGCCGGCGGCAGGGGCGCGGCAAGGGCGGUGUCGGUGGCAGUGGCGGCCUAGAGUCGGUGGGGGAAGGGGACGAGGAGGACGAGGAGCGCUGGGCGGGUGACACGCUGCCCGUGUCAUCUGGGGCGCACGGCGGCGCCGCUUUGCCUUCCUCGCCUGCGUCGCCCUUUGCACCGCUGUCGGGUCGCCGGGCCUGGGCGCGCGGAGCCACUCAGACGCCAGGCAAUGCCAGCAACAGCAGUUACGGUGCGGGUCCUGGAGGCAGCGGCUGGCUGGCACGUGUCAGUUGGGCCAGUGACGCUGUGGGUCGCAUGCGCGGCAGCGCCGGAGCUGGACUCAGCGGCAGCGGCGGCGGCGGCAGCGGGCACCUGAGCGCGGCGGCGGCGGGGGCUCACUCGCUGACGCCGCAUGACCGGCUGCUGAGUGCGGAGAGCGUGCUGUCAGGGAGCGCGGACGAGGGCAGCGUGCAUGGGGCAGGGAGAGGCGGAGGCGGGGCGGGAGGCGGGGGUCUCGCGUCGCCUUGGUCGCCGAGGUCAGAGGCGGCGGGGGACGAGGAGGCGGGCGGCAGCGCGAGAGGCGGGAGCGCGUUCGGCGCUCCGGGCGGAGGAGGAGGCGGGUCAGCAGGGGGAGGCGGCGGGGCGGGGGAUGAGCUGGCGGCGCCCCUGUUGGGGGGCCAGGCGACGGGCCCGGGAGGAGGCGCGGGAGGCGGCGGGGGCGGUGGCAUGGUGGGCACGGCGAUGGCGGUGGGCGGCUGGCUGGGGUCCCGGGCGUCUGCGGGGCUAGGGUUGGCGUGGGACGCGUACGGCAGGUGGCGGGGCGGAGGGGCGGCAGCGGGGGCGAGCCGCGCAGGCGGUACGGGCUGAGCGGCGCGGCAGCGCAUGUGGGCGCCGGCGGAGCGGCUGAAUGAGCUGAGCUGCGAGUAGGCCGCGCCAGGACUGAUCGGGUCAGGGGUGGUACCCGUGGGUGGUACCCGUGGUGGGGUUUAUUGACUGGCCGUCCACCCGGGUUCGUUCGUUAAACUGUUGGCCUGCGGUAGCGGUGGGAGGGCGGACAUGGCUGGGCGUGGCUGUGGCCAGCACAGCCCGAGGAAUGCAGUACAAGGCGCUUGUGCCCGGGACCUGGGGAACAGUCCGGCCACUGGCGACUAUCGGAUGUACCGUAUUAUGACGGUUGUGGGGCCCAGCAGGAUUGGUCGGUUGGGGGCAUCGGGCACAGCAGGAUUGCAGCCGUGGGGCGAAUCAUCCGGGGCAGCAGGAGUGCAACCGUGGGGGCGCAGGGGGCAGCACCGCAGCAGGUUUGCGUAGCUGAGGUCACUCCGGGCAGCAGGAUUGCGUCCAUGGCAAAACAGAGCAUUGUGGGAGGGUUGUGCCUAGUUGUGUGGGCUGGCGGGAGCAGAGUCCAUUCCCAGGCCUGGGGGUGGCCAGCUAAACCCGCGGAGACUGGCUUCAUCGAUGCACCUUCGCGUUAAGCUAAAACGCCACGAAGUCUCCCGAAACGCGCCACUGGGCGCGCCGCUGUGGAGCAAAACGCACACUUCACAACUGCAAUGCCGUUUCAUGGUCGAUGUCCGCCGCGGAUUUUUCCAUUUCUGCUCCCGGGCCGCUUUUCGUGCUUCAAAGCUCAAUCGACCGCUUUUUGACAAGCUAGCUGGAGGCGUUGACGGGAGGUCGGGGCAUGGUGUGGAGGCCGCGGGGGAAUCGUGCACCCGUGCACGUGCUCAUGCACGGCUCGCCGCGUCGGGAUCGGGUCGUGUACAGGUGAUCACCCGGAUA